AUGAAUAAUCCUUCCCAAAAUCACCCUUUUGCCUCUACAGGACAAUUACUUUCUUUCCCUCCCGAAUGUGCGGCACCCCCUCCUAUGGCAUCAGCUUAUCCCCAAUAUACACCGGUUGUUCAUCUUCAUGGCCAUUUUUAUAUUCCGGCGCCAACAACCAACAAUAAUAAUUUAAAUAAUAAUACAAUACAGCAACAACACAAUUUUAUUUCUGGCAUUCCCUCCCAACUUCCCCCUCCUCCCUCACAUCCUCACCAUCAUCAUCAACAACUUCAUCAUCAUCAUCCCCAUUUUUUUCUUGAACAAUCCCAUCAUCACCAACAUCCUUCCUCCUCCUCUUCUAAUUUUCUUUAUUUAAAUAAUAACCAAUUUAAUUACCCAACAACAACAACAACUUCUUUAAAUUCCUCUCCAUAUUCUUCCUCUUCAAAUAAUUUAUUAAUUAAAUCUGAAGAGAAAGAAAAAUCUACACAAAUUUAUUCUCAGGAUAAUUCUAAUGGAUGUGUAACACCCAAUUUUUUGUCUGAGAAUGCGGGAAAUCAACACUUUCCUAAUGAAAAAGGGACGGUUAUUAACAACAAUAAACUUGAUUUUUCUCCUCCUUCCUUCCCUUCCUCGACCUAUACAUGUAUUGGACAAAAUAUCAUCACUAGCAACAGUCAAUAUCCUCAUCAUCAAAAUACUUCUUUAAAUAAUUUGGGGCAUUCUUCUUCAAUUGUUAAUAAUAAUUAUUCCCCUUAUUAUAAUUCAACAAAUAAUGAUUACAAAAAUUUAUCAGAAAUUAAAGGGCCUAAAAUUGAAAAACAAAAACGUCUUUCCAAAACUGGAAGGUUCUUAAAAUAA